AGGAACCGGGGCCGCUGCCCGGAUGUGGAAGGAACAGUCGCCAUCUUGCGAAAGAGCCGAGAGGUGCUGCCGGCCGUGGACGGAGCCCCAGGGCCUCACGCGGGGCCGCUAGCUCGGAGAGCCGAGACCGCCCGGGCUUGCUUUUCGCCUUUCUCACAGAUGCCUUAUUGUGAAAAUUAAGCUAAGUCUUUGGGACAUGGUAAAAAACGAAACUAGCAAGUGAAACAUGCAAUAAAAAACUGAAAUCAACAGAAGAGGCUUAUACUAUAUUCCAUGAUGGUGGUGACCAUUUUCACUGAUCCUAAAAGAAAACAGAGAACAACUUAUCCAUCUUUGAUGACAAGGAAAAUGGAAAAACUCAGGAGAGCAAGACUGAAACUACAGUUUUAUUGAAACCUUUGGGGGAUGUAAUCUCUUAGGCCAGAUAUUAUUGAAUCCUUUCAUUCAGAAGGCCUUCAGCAUGCAAAUCCUACAGUAGUAUCCAUGAACAUCAGUGAAGUAUCUAGAAAUAACUAUACUUAUGUUUCUGGAAGUAUUAAAGAACUUAGAAUGGAAAGAAAUCACAAGGUAGCUAACCCAGUUAGUGGAGAAGAAGUGGAAUAUAGCACAAGCAAAGCAUUCAUAGGACCUAUUUACAAAAGUCCUGAGGAAAAUAAACGAGAGAAAAGAAAACAUCACACACAAAAAGGUGGACUGGAAAAUAAACAGAACCCAUCUCCUAAUAAAUUGGAUAUAGACAAUGAGUUAUCUCAGUUUUACAAAGAAAUUCAGGAGCUUGAGAGCGAAAAAGAAGAUUUGGAAGGCCAUUGUGAGGAAUUUAAACCCCCUCAGGAACAAUUUAGUUUAUGUUAUCAAGGCUAUUACAAUGACAAUUUAAAAUCUGAUGAAGAAAAGAAAGAUAUUUGGUUUAGUACUAUACAGUCACCCCCUGGUGAUGAGCAGUAUUUUAGCAAUGAUCCAGUUGGUUGGAACACUGAAUAUCCAGUUAAUGGACAAAUGGAACCUAUGUUUUUAAACAACCCAAUUCCUUCCUUUAGGCCCGAAUGGCAACCAGUGGAAUCCUCUUUAGUUCCUCAUGGCCUUUUUCCUUCUGGGUUCAAUUAUCAUUUAAAUGUUCAAAGAUUUAAUCCCUCUCCAUCUCUGCCACCACAUGUUUUCCAUGCUCAAGAUGUUAAAUCCUGUGAAAUGUACAAUGGAUAUAAUGUAAACAGUGGCAACCCAAAUUGGAAUUGUCCAACAUUUGAUCAGACUAAUAGAUAUUCUGAUUGUGAUGGGAGGAACAAUAGCACACAGGCCUCUAGAAAUGACUACAGUGAACAAGAUGGACGAGAAAGUAAUGGUUUCUAUGAAACAAGAGAAGAAUCUUGGGAAGACCCUUCUCUAUUCCAGAUGGAGAAAACAGACAGGCUUAUAAACCAGCAGUUCCAAGAGGAAAAACUAAAGAGGCUUCUUAUCCUUUUAAGGGGUCUGCCUGGUUCAGGGAAAACGACACUGUCUCGCGUUUUGCUUGGUCAGAAUCGUGGUGGCAUCGUCUUCAGCACUGAUGAUUAUUUUCGGCAUCGAAAUGGGUACACAUAUAAUGUUAGACAACUUGGUGAUGCCCAUGACUGGAACCAGAGCAGAGCAAAGAAAGCUAUUGAUCAGGGAAGAUCUCCAGUUAUAAUAGAUAAUACUAAUACCCAAGCUUGGGAAAUGAAACCUUAUGUGGAAAUGGCUAUAGGCAAAGGAUACCAAGUGGAGUUCCACGAACCUGAAACAUGGUGGAAAUUUGAUCCUGAGGAAUUAGAAAAGAGGAAUAAACAUGGGGUGUCUCGUGAAAAGAUUGCACAGAUGUUGGAUCAUUAUGAAUAUAAAAUGUCCAUCUCUAUUGUAAUGAAUUCAGUGGAACCUCCACAUAGAAGGUCUGAGAGACUUCGAAGACAGAGAGAAGAAAAUUUGAAGAAAACUGGACAGAAACCUAGCAGAGCAAGUCAGAGGAGAAACAGGAGAAGAAAUAGGAAACUGAAGAAUAAUAAUGGCAAAUCUAUGGAGAAAGAAUCAUAUGGAACCCUGUGUCUUCCCAUGCCAGAGGAGGAGGGCACAUCUGAAAGUGAAGAACAUUACUCAGAAGAGGAGAAUGAUGGAAACUUAGUGUUCAUGUCCAUUGGAGAUCUGGGAUGUACAUCAACAGAUUCUAUAAAUGGACACAGUGAAGAAAGCAGUAAAAGCCUAAAACCUGAACUUGGAAAAGAAAAUGUUUCUAAUGUUCAAUCUGUCACAUCUGUACCUUUGGAAAGUCCACCAAGGUGUGACUCAGUUGCAGAAAGUGACAACUUGUAUCAGUUAAACUUGACAUCCAUUCCCCAUGGAAAUGCAGUUGGACAGAUUUUUAAUCAUCAUACAAUGGUUCAAAACUUUGUAGGAAGACAGAAUAAUCCCUGUGUACCGAGUAUCAAAUGCUCCGAAGUGAAGGCUGACAGUCAUGGUGAAGCAAGUCACUCUGUGGUGUUCGGCAUUAAGGAUAGAAUUGUGUCUGCUAAGGCCACUUGUGUUCUUACACAGGAGAAUAGCAUGUCAGCUGAAAGCCCCAGGGAUAAAGAAAUGCUGCCUCAUCAGUACAGAUUUGACUCUUCAUAUGAAAAUUUAAAAUAUGGGCACAGGGCAAAUAGGAAUCAAACAAAUUGGGCUUUUUUCUCAGCCACAUUAUCUGAUGAAAAACUAGAGUGGGAUUUGGAUACACAGCCCUCUUUUGCUGGUUGGCCUGAAGGGCCUCAUAACUUUAUAAACCCACAGAGACAAAAGAAAGCUAGGUGUUCCAGACAGACUUGUUGUGAUGGCCCUGGGGAACCGAUGAGACUUGUGCACAGAUACGAAGACACAGAAAAAGAAAACCAUCUGCAGUCACUGGUGGAGGAGAAUACUGAUGCACUAAGAAAUGAGAAGCCGGCAUCUCCUCCAAAUAAACCUGUGGACCUAAUUCCAUUCAUAGAGAUGGAAACUAAUAUCCUCAGAAGCAACUUGCCUGAAAUACAUGUUCAAAGGAAAACAUCAGCAGUGAUUACUAAGAAGGGAAAACCCAGAAGGAUUUUUAAUUUGGCACCGAACUUUCACCUGCCAAGACAAAUUGUGGUUAGUGUAGAGAAGGACAGAGAGGCUCUGUUAACAGAUAGUCACACAUUUAAAAACAUUUUGGUUGUAGAAAAUGACAGAAUUCCAGAAUUGAAUCAGGAAGAGAAGAAUAAGGCAGCAGAGAUGACUCUCCAAAAUAAUCCAUCCAGAUUUAACCAGGAUUAUGCCGUAGAGCUUGCAUCCAACCCUGGAAAAGAAUGUCAGUCUCAAGAUGUAUCAUUCAAUCAGCUGAGGCAGAUUUUGUGUCUUCCUCAAAGGGGUGUGUUGAAGCUUCUGUUUACAAGUGAGAAAAGAAUUCUGAUGUUUAAAUCACAGACAGUGGGGAAUAGGCUGAAUGAGGUAGAAGUAAUUUCUUCAGAAAUCUCAAAUCCCGAGCCUGAUAUCGUAUUAUCUGCUAAAGUUUCUUCUGAGCAUCCUGGUUUUGACUUUGAUAUAUUUUCUGGAAGUUUUGGUGCCAGUGUUCACAAAAGAAAUGAACCCGAGUCAUCACAAUGUGUACAAACUGAAGACCCUCGAGAUUCACUAAGUGUUAUGCCUGAUUCCUUUGGUCUGCCCUUACCCCAGAGAUUUGCUUUCCAACUUGUAAAUCUUUUUGGAUCUCCUGGAGUUCCAAUAGAGUCUUUGUUGCUUGAUGACUAUGUAGUUACCCUCGACUGGAAAACAUUAAAGAUGAUCUAUCUGCAGUGGAAGACGUCAGUAGAGCACUUUGAGCUCCAUGAGGACAGGAACCAUGUCUUGUCUAAACUUUGUAUCUCCCCCUGCUUACAGCACAGUGCUCUGCACACAGAACGGCAGAAGAAGAUGAGGCAGGAAAAUGAAAAUUUCUUGAUUGUUGAUGUGAUGAGCCUUCGUGAUACUGAAAAACCUGAUCAUCAGGAAAGUCGAGAAUAUUUUAAAACACUUUCAGAAACAAACUUUUCCAAAGUUGAUAUAAAGGAUAAUUUCCAGGCCAAUACAAGUCCUAUUUUGGAUACCACAUCCAGCCAUUCUUGAAGAAUUAUUUGAAUAAAAUGCUGCAUCGAAGAGAAAGCUUCAUUAGACACUUCUUCAGAGCUGAGACCACGUCUGGAUUUUCUGUUCCUCAUUUCCAUUUGGCUAAAGUUAAUCUAAAUGAAGACUGUAUUUCUUUAUUAGUAAUGCUUUAUAAAUGGCUUUGCUCAUUUCCUUCCAUUUGAGAAAGAAAAAAGGGGGGUGGGGAGCCAUAGAGCUGUUUCUAGCUUAAAUAGGGAGAAAGUCAUUUGAGGAGGUACCUGGGAUUUCUACUAGACUGCAAACUUAAUAAUAAUCAGCCGUGCAAUAUGACAACCCAGAAAUGCAAAUUGAUCUUAGAUUGCACUGAGAGUGGUAGUCCCCUUGGCCAGACAUACCUGAAAUGCUAUAUUUCAGUUCUGGGUAACAUGUUUUAUGAAGGACAUUUAUAAGAAGGUGGAAAGCAUUUGCAAAAGUGUGACCAGGUUGGUCAGAGGCUUCAAGAUCAUGCCACCUUUAUAUUUCAUCUCUCUGGAUUCUGACCCUUGUUCCAGCUGGAAGAGCUAUUUUUGGAAGCCGGGUGAUUCAUCUGACAUAUUAGCCAUCUUCCUCCAAUUCAUGUUAACUGCAGAUUUCAUAAGCAUGCAGUCUUUGUCUUCAUAUUAGUCACUCAUAAAAACGUUUCAUAGAAUAGGGCUGAGGACUGAGCCUUGACAUCGAUCAUCCUUUUGGUCCUGUCAUUAAAACAGUUAUGAACCCACCCAAUUACAUUAUAAUCCUGUGCACAUCUCCAUCUUGUCAACAAAGAUAUGUGGGCCUUUAUCAAAUGCCUCACUACAAUUCAGUUAAUCUAUAUGUAUGUUAUUUCUUUGAUCUUUCAGUCUGAUAACUCAGUCUUGGGAGGAAAUGAGAUGAUAAGUGGUCUGUUCAGACAGUGUCUAGAGCAUUCAGUUCAGGGUGCUAUAUUUUAGGAAGAAUAUUCACAAGUUGGAAAGAGCAUGGCAUAGUGGAUAAAGAAAGACCUGAUCUGAAAACCAGGAAGACCUGGGUUCAAGUCCCACUUCUGACACAUACUGACUUUAUGACCCUGGGCAAAUUACUUAAUCUCUCAGUAAUCUGGACAACUCUUUAAGAUUAAAAAUUACAAAGAUGCCACCAACCUGCAUUGGUAGAGUGGGUUUCCCCGCUACCAAUACUAUACUAAUACUACCUCUACUGAGAAUUCCCUAUGCCAAUGAAAUUAUAAGCCUAGUCCCUAUCUCAUAUUUUAUUGACAAGUUAGAUCAUGGAAGGGGUGGUGGUGACCAGAAUAGAAAUGGGACUUGACACAAUGUCAUCUAAGGGGCCACUUUUUCGCCUGGGGGUGGGUAUGUAGACACAAAAGUUGUCUUCAUAUAAUUUGUUCUGUUUAGCUCCAGUGGGCAGAAACAGAAUAUUGGGUGUAAGACGCAGGGAAGCAGAUUAAGGAGAGAUUUCCCUUCACCAGGGGCCAUUAGACAAAGUCUGGAUGAUUCUUUUUUAGAAAUGUUAUAGAAAGAAUUCAUAUUCAGAUACAGUCUGAACUAGAUGCUUCUAAUCUCCCUCCCAAUUCUGAGAUUCUGUGGCAUGGAAGGAAUGUGGCGUUUUCUUUUUCUUGCUGAACCUAUUCAUCAUGCUUAGUGAUUAUCAUGUCUUUUUCCAAAUGUUCAUAAACCAUCUGUUUAAUAAUCUGUUCAGGAAUAUUAAUGGGGCUGGGCAUUAAAUUCACAGGUAUAUCAUUUGAGGAAUCUAUUUGCCUGUGUUCUUGAAAAUCAGGACCAUAUUUGCCCAUUUCUAGCCCCAGAGAGCCUCUUUUGUCCCCAUAGUUUCUCAAAGAUCGCUGAACAAUCAUACCUGUGAGUUGUUUAAGGCCUUAGUUUCUUUAUCUUUAGGAUGGUGGGGGUAGGAUUAGAUGAUUCCCCCAAAUCCUUCAGCCCUAAAUUCUGUGGAACAGUCAUGGGUUCUUGGACCUCACUCUGCCAUUUUCUAGUCAUGUAACUUUAGAGAAGCCACCUCUCUGGGUCUGUUUUCUCACCUGUGACAGAGGAUUCAUUCCAUGCCCUGCCCAUCCCACAAGACAGUGAAGAUCACGUGAGGUCAUGAAUGUGAAAGUACUUUUCCAGUUAAUGCUAUUAGUACCUCAAAGUGUUAUACAAAUGUAAUUCAGUCAAUAAACAUUUAUUAAUCUCCUACUGUGUGCUAAGCCCCCUGGAUACAAAUACAAAUACAAAACAAAGACCGUCCCUGCCCUCAAGGAAUUUACUAUGUAAUAAAGGAAGACAAAUUCCUGCUCUUAAGGAGCUGACCAUCUAAUUGGGAAAGGCACAAAAAGAAAUUGAAAAGAGAAAGGAAGGGGGGAGGAGGAAGGUACCUACAGUAGGGGUAUGAUGAAGUACAGUGUAGCUGGUAGGAAGAGGGGAGAAGAAUAUGCUGAGCCCCUUCCUUAAAUAGAGGCCCUGUGGUCCAGGAUUCUGUCCUCAAGUCAGAGGAUCCAAUCAGAAGGGCAUUGGGUCCUGAGUAGAUGUGAGCACCAGGCAGAUUGUAAUUUUGCAGGAUAAUGAGAUUUCGCAAUGAUGAGUUCAUAUACUCUAUAUACAGCAAAGUGUUGUACAAAUGUAAGGUAUUGUCAAGUGGGGCCAAAAAAAUUCCCCUUCCCUAAAAUAUCUUGGUUUUUUUAAUCUACCAUAGUACUUGAAAUUCCCAUGAUAAGCUAGCUGGGCAUGGGGGAGGCUGAGGCUGAUGGAUCUUCUGAGUUCUAGAAUUCUGAGCCACUCCAGGCUGUUCACAUUAAGUCUGGCACAAAUAUGCCCUGGGAGCUGCCUAAAAAGAGGCUGACUCGCCCAAGGUCAGGGGAAAAAGAAGAGGUAAAAACUUCUUGUGUUGAACAACAGUGGGAUUAGCCCACUAAUGGUCAUUGUACUUCCAACCCAGGUGAGAUAGGGAGAGCUAGUUUAA